AUGUGUAGAGUCGAGUUAGCUGUCGUGUUCUUAUUUGUUGGUUUGGUUCACGGUCAUAAUAAGACUCACACAAAGAAUGACAUAGUCCAGAUGAAGAAAAGAUUUCAGAUGGAGUGCAUUGAAGAAACGAGGGUAGACCAAGACAUUGUUUCUGCAGUUAGACGAGGGUACUGGACUGUACCCAAAGCCCAACUACCGCUGCUGAAGGAAUGGGCCUUGUGCGCCAUGAUAAAAACUGGACUCAUGACAAAACAAGGGGUCUACAAGAUUGACGUGGCUCUGCAGAAGGUGCCCAGACCUCAAAGAUACGAUGCUGAGAAGCUUAUAGACAAAUGUCUAAGCACAAAAGCGAUUCCUGCACCAGAUAUUGCUUACGAAUUCGUAAAAUGCUUCCAAAGAACAAAUGCAAACUACACGGUAUCUAUUUUCUAAUAAAACUUAAGAAAGCGCCAUCUAGUGGUGGCAGUUUUCACUACAUCUGUGUUUUGAAAACAGUGACAUCUAGCGAACUUUAAUGGAACUUAAUGGCGCCAUCCAACAGUUAUUUAGCAAGUACGUCAUGUGAGUUUACAGUCACAGUUUACUUAUAGUAACAAUAGUUCUUAGCUUGUGGUGUAGAUGGCGUUAUAUUUAGUUAUGCUUAUAA